AUGAUCUUUGAGCCUUCCGAACGAGCCCAGAUUCCUACAACAGACUUGUUGUCGUAUAUUUUUGACAGUCCGCAAUAUGACCAAAACAAGCCGAUUUACGUUGAUGCCCAUCGCCCGACACGCUCGAUCUCGUGCAAUCAAGCUAGGCACCUUAUACGCCAAUUGAUUGCAGGGCUACGUGCUGCGGGACUUCGCCGAGGAGACUGCGUUCUCAUACACUCAUUCAAUGAUAUCAACUACAGCAUCUUGGUCCUCGCCAUCAUCGGCGCCGGGGGAGUUUUUACCGGUUCAAAUCCUGGUUAUACUCACGCAGAGCUCGCUCACCAUAUUCGAGCCUCUGACACGAAGUUUCUGAUUACCGAACCGGAGAUAAUGACUCCUCUUCUUGCCGCCGCCAAAGAGACAGGAUUGCCCCUUGAGAAUUUGUGGAUUUUUGAUAAUCUCCACCAGUCCAUUCCACCAGGUCACAAGUCCUGGAAAGAGCUGUUCAACUUUGGCCACGAGGACUGGAUCAGGUUCAAUGACCUGCAGAGUACUCAGACCACGACUGCUGCCCGAUUAUUUAGUAGUGGCACAACUGGUCUGCCCAAAGCUGUGAUCAUCACGCAUUACAAUCUAGUUGCGCAGCAUGAGCUGACCAUAGCGGUCGAUCCACGGCCUUAUCCUGUCUCUCGUGCAGUCACUGUUCCAAUCUUCCAUGCGGCAGCUGCCCCAACCACUCACAUUUCCACCUUAAAAGCAGGCCAACCUGCUUAUGUGCUGCGCCGUUUCGAUCUACAGCAGUAUCUCGAGACCGUCGAAAAAUAUAACGUGACUGACCUACUGAUGGUCCCACCGAUUGCAAUCGCGAUACUGAUGUCGCCUGUCGCCACCAAGAGAGCCUUCCUUCGAAAGAGUCGCAUGGUUAUAUGUGGUGCGGCUCCCUUGGACAAAGAUAUCCAGGCUCGAUUUCGGUCACUCUUGGGGAAGGAUGUCCCUUUUAAUCAAGUCUGGGGAAUGACAGAGACCUCUUGCAUAGCGACCAUGUUCCGAUACCCUGAAUGCGAUGACACAGGUUCCGUGGGACGGCUGAUCCCGAAUCUUGAGGCGAAACUUAUCGACGAAGAGGGCAACAAUAUCUCAGAAUUUGGUGUUUGCGGAGAGCUUUGCGUCCGAGGUCCUACAGUCACGUCUGGAUAUUACAAAAACGCCAAGGCCAAUGCUGACGCCUUUGACGCAGACGGAUGGUUCAAAACCGGAGACAUUGCUCGUUGCGACGUAUCAACUCGCAAAUGGUACAUUGUCGAUCGGAAAAAGGAGUUGAUCAAAGUUCGCGGGUUCCAGGUGGCACCGGCUGAGCUUGAAGCUGUUCUGCUCUCGCAUCCACAGAUUGUUGACGCCGCUGUCAUUGGGGUAACUCUCCCGGGCGCGAACACCGAAUUGCCACGAGCCUACGUCGUUCGUCGUCCAGGCCCUCAAAGCCAGAACUUGACGGAACACGCCGUUCAGGAACACAUUGCUGCGCGGUUGGCACGAUUCAAAGCUCUCGUGGGCGGCGUGAAAUUCCUAGCGUCUAUUCCACGGAAUCCUAGUGGGAAAAUCUUGAAGCGUGUUCUACGGGAGCAGGCCAAGCAAGAACUUGGCGCCGACCAAACCCAGGCCCGGCUUUGA